AUGGCCAAGGACCCGCCGCCCUUCGCCCGACCCGACUACUGGGACCAACGCUUCACAAAGAACCCGUCGGCCUUCGACUGGCUCCUUCCGGCCAACUGUCUGGACGGCGUCAUCGUCGAAGCUCUCGACCACGCCUCCUCCCCAUCCAACCCCCGCCCGCGCCUGUUGCACAUUGGCUGCGGCACCUCGGCCCUCUCGCUGCAUCUGCGCUCCCACGUCGACGACCCGCGCCAGGUUCACAACACCGACUUCUCGCGCGUGGCCGUCGAGCUAGGCGCCCAGUGGGAGCGCGACGUCUUCGAGCCCGACGCUCCCACCGCGCGCGAAGAGACCGGGGCGCCGAAGCAGGACGAUGCAGCAACGCCCCCGCCAGACCCGGUCGACGAAACCACAGCCGGAGCCGAAGGCGGGAGAGAAGGUGCUGCUGAAAACCCCGCCGACCACCACCCACCCCGCAUGCAGUGGAGCACCCUCGACCUCCUCUCCCUCCCCUCCAUCGCCGCGCUAGCCCACCGCUACGACAUCGUCGUCGACAAGAGCACCUGCGACGCCAUCAGCUGCGGCGACGACGUCCCCGUCCCGCUGCCGUACCACAUCCAGCCUCGCUCAGCGCCACCCCCUUCCGCCUCAUCACCGGAUCCCUCGUCUUCAUCGUCGCCAUCGCCAUCACCCUCCUCUUCCAACAGCAGCACCACCACCGCCACAUCCUCUCCCUCCUCCCCUCCCUCCUCGAUGGUGACUAUCCACCCCCUCCACAUCCUCGCCCUCCACCUCGCCCUCAUCGUGCCCCCCGGCGGCCGCUGGCUCGCACUCUCGUACUCGCCGCAUCGCUUCCCCUUCUUCGAGCCGUUCCCCGCGCGGGUCGACGAGGGGAGGUUGGAUAAGGAGUUGUUGGAGAGGGGGUUCGUGCAUCCGGGGCGUUUGUGGCGGCUGGAAAGGAAGGAGAUGGUGGAGGUGGAGGAGGGGGAGGGAGAUGAGGAUGGUGGGGGAAGGCUGGUGCAUAGGCCGAAGACGGCGCAUUGGGUUUAUGUGUUGGUGAGGGAGGGGGUGGAUGUGGAGGUGAUGGGGGCUGGUGGGGGAGGGAAUGGCGUGCGUGCGUGA